GGUUUGAUCCACGGGCACCGCUGGUGGCAGCAUCCCGGUGCUGCCGGCAGCGGCUUUUUUGGGGGAUAAAUGGUUCAAAAGUGACAUUUUCUGCCUGGCUGGCACUUUGGGACGCUUGUUUCCAGCCGGACUACAGCUCCCGGCGGGCCGCGCGGGCAGCGGCGGAGCCUAGCAGGAGCCUGUCCGCAGCGGGGACCGCGCUCGCUCCGCAGGUCCGGAAAACCCUCCCGCAGCCAUGGCACUGGUGAAGAGUGGUUGGCUUUGGCGGCAGAGCUCCAUUCUGCGCCGGUGGAAGAGAAACUGGUUCGUCCUCUACCUGGAUGGCAGCUUGAUUUACUACCACGAUGAGACGCAGCGUGACAUGGACGGCCGGAUUCACAUCAAAUACAGCUGCCGGGAUGUGAGGACUGGCCGUGAGUGUGGAGAUGUGCAGCCGCCCGAGGGGAAGAGCCGUGACUGCCUGCUGACGGUCGUACUGCGGGAUGGCUCUAAGACAACGCUGUGCGCCGAGAGCCAGGAUGACGCCAUCGCUUGGAAGAUGGCUGUGUUGGAGGCUAAAUCCACUCCGGUACACGUCUAUGACCCCUAUGAUGACGACUACUACCAGACCGUGCCCCUUGACUCCCACCAGACCGCCUACAUCAGCUCCGGCCACUACGGCCACCAGUACGGAGCUCCCGGGGUGACCCAUGUCAUCGUGCGCGAGGAUCCCUACCGGGUCUCCGGGGACCAGAUGGCUUUGGGGCUGCUGGCAGGGGCUGCCACCGGAGCUGCCCUGGGCUCCUUCAUGUGGAUGCCGUGCUGGUUUUAGCAGCCCUGCGCUCUCCUCCCGCAGGAUGGCCCCCAACAUGGCCCUCUCUGCCUCCCCAGCCCAGUCUGACUCUCCCCUGGCUUGGUACCUGCCGUGAGCCACCCUCUACGUCCCAAACCCAGCCUGCUCAGCACCCUACACCUGAGGGACAGAAGUCCAGCCCCAAAACCAUCCCAUAUCCUCCUCCUCCUCACCCUGGCUUUUGCAUUAAAUAACCCCCCAACUGAGACCCCCUAAAAAAUCUACCCCAAAACCCCACAGUGUCUGAUUCCCAUCCACAAAAGGCCUGGGCAGAGGGGAAGGCCCUCAAACCUCUGCAGGGAGCUGGAUGCAGAAAUACCUGGGGUUUUGGACUGAGGGGGAGAGUGGGUGCCGCUCCAAAUGGCUCUUUUGGGGAGACAGCUGGGUAGUUUUUGAGCCCCAGCUGUGGAGCCCACAGCCCAGCUCCUUUGUAAGGGUUUUUUCAGGGAGGAAGGUCAAGCACCAGAGCUGGAGCAAGUGCUGAUGCGAGAGGUGACCCCAAAGAUGCUCAAGAGACAGGUCAGAGUGAAGACUAAGGGGGAUUUACAGGAUUUCCACUCCCUUCCAGCCUUGCACCGGUCCCCUGGGCCUGGUCAAGCUGGAGAAAUGGGGCCAAACCCCAUGGAAUCAUGACUAAACUCCAGAGAACUGGGCUAGGAAGAGCCCUGGGAAUAUCACGGCUUCACCAGCCAAGUGGCAGCCACUGUGGGAGGGACAUGCAGCAUCUUGAGAUUCGCCCUGAUUUUGGGGAAGGGGGAGAAUUCACCUGAGGACAAAGGCAGCUCUCCCUGAGGACCAGGCAGCACCCUUUCUGGCAGCCAAGGUGGGCUUCAAAACAGGGAUUUGGGAUUGAGGGGGGAACACGGUCCCUUUGAGCAGCCCUACGGCCAGAAGACAAGGGGUAGCUCAUCUUUUUGCCUGGCACUGGGCAGCACCAGGCAGAUGUUGAGGGAAAGGGGAAAGGCACAGCUGCCCAGCAUCACCCUUGGAGGCACAAUUUUAUCCUGGAGACACCAUCAAUAUUAAACAAAUUCAAGAAAUACAAACAAAAACCACAGGCAGAUAGAAAAAACCCCAAACCCAAUGACACCAGCCUGCUCCUGCCCAUUAAAGCCCCGGAUCAGUUCAUCCCUGCAGCCCGAUAGGGGAUGAGGAUAUCCCAAACCACCAUCCUCAGCCUCCCCCAGCCUCCCCUGCCUCGCUGCUGCUCCAAACCCGCUCCCAUCAACUGCAUCGAUUUUUGGAGAAAGGGAAAAAAAAAGCACGCUAUCCGCAGUCCAAUAAAGGUGGCAAAAAAUGCAACCCAGCCUGCGGGUGAGUGAGGAUGAGGAGGGGGCUGCUUGUCCUCGCUGAUCUCCGGGGGGGGGAAGGUUUGGGUCCCACUCCACAGCUGUGUGUGGAUACCAUCAGCUCUCACAUCUAUACCGUUUUCCUCCCUCCCUUUCCAACUGGCAGCUCUAAGAGCAGCUGGAGGGGAGGGAUGGGCUGCUGGAAAACUCAAACUUCCCCCUCUGCUUCUUGCAAAAACGGGACUUGAGCAGACAUGGCAGCACUCGGCUGUGGUCUCAGGCACCGCAGGGCCUCGGGGUCCCUACUCGCAGCCUCUGAACGUGGCACAAUGGCCCUGAAGAGACGCUCAAGGGGAAAAGCUGCCUGAGAAAUCCUGCUCACCGCAGCUCCAUCGCAGCGCUAGAGGAACAUGACUAUGUGCUGGCAGAGCAGCUCCUUCCUCUGCAUCCCAAAUUCCGAGCCUGUGGGAUGCACCGUCUCGAUUUGGGAAGGGAUCAGUGCAGUGAAGGGCCCUGCGAGCCCCAUUUUAAGCCUCAAGAUGGCUUAAGAGCACCCCAGGUCUAUUGCACUUCACGUCCUCGAAGCUGAGGUGGGUUUGCCCUCGCCUUUAGAAAAACUUUAGCAUUUCCCAGUCCAGGGAUUCAGUCUUUCCCCUGCGGCCCCUCCAUCGCUGCCUGUAUCCCAGCACACAAACCCCAGCUCUCAUGAGGUGGAGAGGAGGAUCUUGCCCCAUACGCCUUUCUGCUCCCUCUUCCCUUCUUCCUUCUCCUGUUUCCCAGCCCAGGUCCCGCAUAUGGCACACUCACCUCGACGCCUCCCCACGGCACCACGCGUGCUCUUCUGCGGCCAAUCCCCAGCCCCUUGCGGUUAUUCCUUCUGCUCCGAGGGUUGGGGGGAUAGAGAAAUGAAACAAUAAACCUACAGCUGCUUUUAGGACACACAUCAGAUGGGAAACGAGCUGCAGAGGCUGAACAGCACUCGACUCCACUCCCUCCUAGACCCACGCUUGUAUAACAUGGGGGCUGCUGUCCCGCUUUCUGAUGCAUUCUCCAUCAUCACCUCUGCCUCAAGCUAUCCCUGCAGGACCAGCAGACCCUCUGCAGGGUGUCCCCCACCCUGGACACAAAGGCAAGGCUUUGAGAGCAACAGCCCUUUGCUCCAAGUGGCUGGGAGUGAGCUGGGGAGCAGGACCUGCGGCAGGGCAGAGGGAUGGAGCAUUCCUGCAGCAAGGGUGGUCACCUGGGGAGAACAUCCAUCACUGGUCCUCACCACAAAGUCCCAUGGUACUAAGGUACAAGGGCAGAGUCUGAUUCAGCUCCCAGCUGUCGCCACCACCAAUUAGCACUGACAGAGAUUCCCUGGUGCCAUCCCAUCUGCCGGGAAGUACAGGGAGCAGAGCAAAGUGUCUAGCUGCUAACGAAGCAGGCUGGGACAUAGAGCCCCCAGGGUCAAGGCCAGCUCCGGUGGGAAUAAAGCAUCUGAGCCUCAGCAGCAUAACCUGGGGUGCAAGACGGUCUGUGCUGGGCAGGGAGGUGCAGUUGUCAGAACAGACCAAGCAGAGGGACCCUAAACCAUUUUCUCAAGAGACUUUAGUAAUCUCAGGAGCUUGCAGCUCUGGGAAAAGCCGGAGCUUUUCCUAGGCAAGCGCAUCUCCAGCGCUGGACCAGGAGCUGCUAGAGCAGGCAUUUACCACACAAUAAUAACCCAAGGGUGAGACACAACUGGAGAUGAAAACAUCUGGAAAUGUUUUCACAAAGAGCAGCGCAAUCUGGAAAUCAGCACUCCUUUCCAUGCCGUCUCCAGCUGCUGACCUCCAGAAGCUCCUUUUCCCCAGCUCAGACAGACCGCCACACUACCCACCCCUGUGGUACCUGAACAUCCCAGGGCUGAUCCUGCUUCUCUCCUACUGAGCAGGGCUGUGCCAGUCUCCCGAAGACCCAGGAACACCAAGUGAUCCAGGCCAGGCCACUGAGAAGGGCUGCAAUGGCCCAGCACGUGUCUCCAGCAGCGAUUCCUGGGGUCUUCAUGCUGUCAGCGGGAGCAGCUGAUGGCAGUCAGACCCCUCGCUAGGAAGCUAAAUGAAUGAGCAAUUAAAGAGGUUAAAAACCAAUUUGGAAGCAUAAACAGACGCCAUUGACCACAAAACCAUCCUGCUCGGUUUCUGCUCCGCUCAGGUCUUCACCCAGAGGAGAGGGAUUCCUGGGGGCUUCUGGGGCCAACAGGGACUGCCACUGCACGGGAUCAGAGGAACAAGAAGUGCUGAGAAACAAAAAUUACAUUUGACCCGCUCCAUUUCCAACUCAAACAGACUCGUGUGACACCUCUCUCCCAGCAACAAGAGCUGCUGGAGCCCAGAACAACUCAAAAAUCCCUCUGAAAUGAGGAUUAAUGCAGCGGGAUCUGCAGUAAGGACCAGGCACAAGAGGUUCAUGUUCAAGCAUGCCCAUAAACAGCCUUAGAAGAUUAGUCCUGGAAUGUCACAGCCCAGAAACCAGCUGGAGCCCACUUGACCCUCAGUGCGAACAAACCCCACUUCUCUGCAAACAAAGCAGCUGCACUGCAGGCUGCUAAAACUCGGCAACCGUCAGGAUCAAACCUCAAAUUUCCAUCCAUCCGUUUUUCCUGAGCUCAGAUAAAGGUGGGAAAGGCCUGUGCCAAGUCCACUGCCAGCCCCAGGAGCAUCAAUAAACACCACUUUCUUCCUUCACCACCCCGUAUCCGAGGGCACACAGCACUGUGGAUGGACCAAUUGGCUGUGCGGGGAGGAUAUAGAGCGAUUUCAGUGCUUUAAUUAGAAGUAACUUUAAUCAAGCCUUUAACACAAUCCUCAUUCCAGACGCGCUCUCCAGGUGGCCAAUGGCAAGCACUCAAAAUGGCUUUAAUUUAUAUCCAAAACCUCAGAAACAGGUGGCAAGCCUGGAAGAUUCGAUUCGGAAACAGCUCUGAGAGCGAGCCUCCUCCCUCCGAAUGCAGCAGGGCAGAGCCAUGGGGGCAGCAGAAGCAUCAGCCUGAGCUGCCUCCAGCCCUGCCCUUCUCCUCAUCCUCCAGAGAAGGGCAGAGCUGCUCCUGUUAUUACCAUUCAGCUGGCGUUUAACUCCCGACACGCCUGAUCCAGGCAUGUACAGCAUCAGUCCGGGCAGAUGGUUAUGUUCAGUCACUGCAAGAGAGCUCAAAUACCUUAUAAAAAGCCGUGUUUGACUGAGGCACAGGACAAGGGUAAGGUAGGGAAAGGUCGGUAGAGGGGGAGAAAACAGGUCCUUUUGCACACCAAUGGAAAACCAAGCCCAGCAAGCUCGGGGAGACCCCUGCGCAGGCAAUGACAGAGCCAGAGGAGGCAGCUGAGCACCGAGAUGGGAGAGGCUGUUUUGAUGUCCAGAUGUUUGCGGCUGCUUUCCCGACCGCAGGAGCGUUGGCAGCCUCUGCCGCAGCCACAGUGCAGGUAGCAUGGCGAGAAGCAGCCUGCCCAGCCCCCAUUUAUCUUCCCUUCAGGGCUGGUACAUGCCCAGCAUGGGAAAAGGCGCUGCUGCAUUAAGCAGAGCCCUUUCACGGUCUGGUUUGCUGAGGAUUUGGGUGCUGGAAGCAAAAUGGACACCAUGCAGUGAAAGGACAGUGUCGGCUGCUGCAGCAGCUCUGCAGACACUGCUAGGAGGAUGCUGCAGCUCCUCCAGCCCGGCAAAAUCAGCCCUGACCCUUCCAGCUGAGCAGACAAAGAAGCCACCAGCAAACACCAGCAGGAGGCACCCUCUAAUCCAAACCAGACACUCUCUGUCUGACUUUAUAGCUUACAAAACCCAGCAAGGUUGGGAGCAGAGCAACCGUGAGCUAGUGGCAAGGACCAGCACCCUGGAGCCGAUGGCUGCCCCCAGUCCACGCCUUGCCCAGAAAGAGCACCUUCUCUCCAGUUUAGUCCAGUCCCCUUUUAUAGGUGGAAAAUAGAUACCAAUAUUUGAGGUAAAAGCCCUAAGGCUACGUAGAACAGCAGCAUGAAGGUAAUUCAACAGCAACGAGGACUUUAGACUAUGCUUCCGUGCUAUCUAGGAGACAACACCCACUUGCAUUAAGUCCAGCUCCUUCCAACUGAUUAAUACUAAACCCACUUUUGAGAGGCGCACACGCUGUUCUUGGGCACAUCCUCCCAUUCCCUCAAGCCCUCGGUGAGCUCCUGCGCGUGCUCCUGCUAAGGACAGGACCUGGAGGUGCAAGGGACAAGGCACAGAAGCUCCCCCAGUGAGAGAUGCCUUUUCCAGUGACCCAUCUCCCCACAGCCUCAUCAGGCGACUGUUCCCACAACAUGAAAUCCAGCACAACUCCACAGCUUCAGGGCUAUGUUCAAGUUUCUCGUUUGUCAAAUUUCACAACCAAUAGUCCUUUUAAUAUACAAGAGCUCAAACAGGUGACAGAGGUGGCACUGCUGGUGUUAGCGGACCAAAUCCAGUUCAUUUUCCUGAAACACUGGACAAAGAUAACUCCAUCACAGACUAUCUGGUACUGGUACUUACAUACCCAUCCCCACAGUCCUCAUCUGCCAUCUCCAGCAAGAUAGAGGCUUAAGGAGGAUCCUCCUCAAGGAAGGUGGGGUUGGUCCAUCUGCGCUCACCAGUUUCGGCACCCAGGGAAGCUGAAGCAGGCAGCAGCGAGGCUGCCCAACGCACCCCAAUCACCUUUGCAAAAGGGAAUGGAGGAAACCGCUGGAUUUCAGGAGCAAGAAAGGACCAGAAAGGCAGAGCUGCAGCAGGCAGAGGACAUGCUCUCUGUACUCCAUACCACUGGUUGGUUGCAGGGAACAAUUGCAGAGACACUGUACAGAACCGGAGGAACAGAAAAGCACACAACUCCACCAUCUUUUCUCAAAAAAAGAAGAAAGCU